AUGUGGAAUACUCGUCUAAAUAAUUUAACUAAAGAAAAGUCUGUAUAUGAUCGAUUAGACUUCAUUUAUAAACAAGUAUAUCUCUAUUGUUCAAUUUUCAUCAUCAUAUUUGGUGUUGUUGGUAAUGUUUUCAAUAUAAUUCUGUUUUCUCGUCGUGCACUUUAUCCAAAUAGUUGUUCCUUCUAUUUUUUAACUCUUUCGAUUAAUAAUUUAAUAAUCAUGUUCUUCUCUUGUAUUCCUGAUAUAUUUAUUAUCACGUACGGCAUUGAUAUGAAAAAUAAUUCGACCAUUUUAUGCAAAAUAGGAUGGUAUUAUUCGUUCACUGUUCAGAAUUUCUCUUUAUUUUGUCUUUCUUUGGCUUCAUUUGAUCGAUAUUGUGGUUCGUCAUCUAAUGCUCAUAUGAGACGAUUCUGUACAAUGAAAACAGCACAACGGAUCGUCUUAGUCUUAGCAAUGUUUGUUCUUUUCAGUUAUUGUCAUGUUCCAAUCUUCUAUCAAUUAGAUCCAACAUUGAAUCAAUGUACAAUUAUCAAUGCUACUUAUCGUCAAUUUCUUAGUAUUUUAUCAGGUAUAUACAUUAGUCAUUUACCUGUUUUUCUCAUGUUAGUUUUUGGUAUUUCGACAAUCUUUAAUGUGAAGAAAAGUCGACUUCGUCUUAUCCUAGUACAGCCCGAAGUCCUAAUAGCAUCAGCAACUGCCCCAACUCACACGUUGGAUAAUGUUAUUCGUAUACCUGAUCGUGUUGCACACGCAGCUAUGUCACCACAGAAUGUUGUGUCACAAAGAACACAUAAUGACCAACAACUAUUGCAAAUGUUAAUUUGUCAUGUUUUAACAUACAUUGGCUUAACUAUUUUCCCUACUGUAAUAUAUUAUAUAAUGACAUUCAGUCCAAUCACUGAGAUCAUUCUGUUCUUCUUUUAUAUUUCACGUUUACCCUAUUAUGUGGUUUUUGCAAUCUCGUUUUAUGUUUAUGUUCUCAGCUUGAGAGUGUAUAGAAAAGAGUUCUCCAAACUGUUUAUUGAACUGCGUCAAUCUUUACAUUUUAAUUAG